CUAGGUAGGUGCAAUUAUAUCAUCUUGGGUAUGUACCUAUGUACCUAGUAAAGGUGGGAUGAGUGGAGACCGGUGGGGAUUAGUGAGAGCGAUAAUCAGACCCCGAUAAGAUCUCUCUAGAAAAAAGUUCAUAUGCUUCUUUCAUCCAGCACAUUCAUUCGUUGGCCUGUGUCUAUAACGAAAAACCCACAAACAAAGACUUCGCGACGCGCGAAUCGUCAGGAUGGGGAAGAAGAGAAAGGCGAGUUCGACCGGCAGGUCGUCUGGUCCACGGGAGUACGACCCCAAAGAUGGCAAACUCGGCCCGGUAUCCAGCUAUCGAGAUAUCAUGGACGACCAAGAGCGUUUCGAGGAAGACGACGACGAGAUCAUGUUCGACGAGGGGCCCAAGACCAAGCGCCAAAAAGCCGAAGAGUUACUAGAAGACGACGACGAAGAGAUCCUAGCCUACUCAGAAGAUUCCGAUUCCGAUGAGGACGACGACGACGACGACGACGACGACGAACCUCGGCGCAAACAGUCACGGAAGCCAGGCAAAUCUGGACAGGGACAAAAUGACGAUGAUUCCGAUGAUGAAGAAAAAAAAGGCGAGGAAGAACAUGACGAUGGUUACUGGGGCUCGUCGAGGAAGGACUACUACGAUGCCGAUCAGAUCGAGACUACGGUAGAUGCCGAAGAAGAGGAAAAGGAGGCUCUGCGCUUGCAGAAGAAGAAGUUAGCCAAGAUGUCUGAAGCCGAUUUUUUCAACGAGGAUGAAUGGCUGGCUGGCGAAGCUGAAGAUGCGGAUCAGGACGAAGUUGUUACCGAAGUGCUCAAGGAAGUCGAAAUCCCUCCUGAUAUGAGCCCAGAAGAGAGGAAUCGGUUACUCCAGGCCCGCUACCCGGAACUUCCUUUCCUCGCCGACGAGCUUUUACAGCUACAGCCUCGGCUAGUUGAGUUUCAAAAAGAGGCAGAAGGCCAGGAGCCCGGAAGCUUGGCCGUGGUGCAAUAUCGAGUUCUUGGUUCAUUAAUAGCUACACUAGCCAUGUACUUUGGCAUAUUAACAUCGCCGGCUAGAGACGGUGAUGGUGUUGCCAAAACAUUGGACCCAUCCGAGUUGAGAGAACAUGAAGUUAUGAGUACUCUUUUAGAAUGCCGCGAUGCCUGGAAGAAGGUAGAGAGUUUGAAGGCCUCAAAACCUGCACAGCCUGCUGAGUCACUACCGUCACCACCGGAAGACGAAGACAUUGACAUGUUGGAUGACGAAAUGGUGGUGCCUAAACAAGCCAGAGAGACUAACAAGGCCAAGAGGGCAAAGGCAAAAGCAGAGCGCAAAUCUAAGGCAAUUGAGGAUUCGUUGGCUGAUCUCGACUCUCUACUUGCUCUUAAGAAGAUAUCUAAGAAGAAGACUGCACUCAAGGACACUGAAGAGGACAGCAACUCGGAUUUUGGAGAAGAGGAAUAUCUUGACAGUAAGAUGGCCGCUGAAAAGGCUGCUAGAAAGAAGAGUCUUAGAUUUUACACGUCACAAAUUGCCCAGAAAUCCAACCGCCGAGCAGCUGGGGGUCGGGAUGCUGGUGGUGAUAUGGAUAUUCCAUACAGAGAGCGUCUCAAGGACAGACGAGCCCGUCUUAACGCCGAGGCUGAGAAGCGUGGCAAGAAAGGUUCUAACAUUGGCGCCGAUCUGGGAGAGGGCAGCGAUGACGAGGAUCACGAGACAGCCAGGGCCAUCAGAGAUGAAGCGAACGAGGAGUAUUACGACAUGAUCGCAGCAGCCUCGAACAAACGGAAGAACGUAAAGGCAGCCAAGGCUGAGGCUGUUGCUGCUGCAGGUUCUGCUGAUCGUGUAGUUGAGGUGGAGAAGGUCGGGCCUGAUGGUCGGAGAGAGAUCACCUAUGCCAUCAAAGCGAAUAAGGGUCUGGCUCCUAAGAGGAAGAAGGAAGUGCGAAAUCCUAGAGGUAUGUGCCAUCGCAUCAACCCCCCCCCCCCCCCGGCCCAAAUAUCUGGUAGUGUUCAAAUUGCGCAUGACCACUGACCCAUCAAACAGUUAAGAAGAAGCUCGCGUACGAAAGCAAGCUGAAGAAACUCAAGAGUCAAAAGACAGUGUACUCAGGUGGCCCAGGAAAGGGUGGCUAUGCGGGAGAGAAGAGUGGUUUGAAGACGAAUCUUGUCAAAUCUGU